CCACUGAAGAUCUCUCUCUAUGUAUAAUUGGUCAGCUUGCCACGCAACUCCCAAGGAGCUCACACUGAAUUCGGUCUUUCUGGUACCAUGGAUGGUCAAUCGGUCAGCAAAACAAACGACUCGGAUCUUCCGUCGGAUCUCCAGUACCAAUUCGGCUUCGGCAACCAUCUCUCGUCUGAGGCGAUCGCAGGAGCUCUCCCUCGCGGCCAGAACAACCCUCUCACCUGCCCCCUCGGCCUCUACGCUGAGCAGAUCUCUGGCACCCCCUUCACCGCCCCUCGCAAGCAAAACCAGUUCAGUUGGCUUUAUCGGAUUAAACCAUCAGUCACCCACGAGCCAUUUAAACCUCGAGUCCCCAGUCAUGGGAAGCUUGUCAGUGAAUUUAACCAGUCGAACAGUUCCACUAACCCAACUCAACUACGGUGGAAGCCUGUGGAGAUUCCUGAUUCCCCUACUGAUUUUAUUGAUGGGUUAUACACAGUUUGUGGCGCAGGCAGUUCAUUCCUUCGGCAUGGAUAUGCUAUUCACAUGUACACUGCCAACAAAUCCAUGGACAAUUGUGCUUUCUGCAAUGCUGAUGGGGACUUCUUGAUAGUCCCCCAGAAAGGAAGGCUGUCAAUCACUACCGAAUGUGGCAAAUUGCAAGUGUCUCCUGGUGAAAUUGUUGUUCUACCUCAUGGAUUCCGUUUCGUUGUUGAUCUACCAGAUGGCCCAUCACGCGGUUAUGUUGCUGAGAUUUUUGGUGCCCAUUUUCAACUUCCCGAUCUUGGCCCAAUAGGUGCUAACGGUCUUGCUGCUUCAAGAGAUUUUCUUGUUCCUGUAGCCUGGUACGAGGAGUGUUCCCGUCCAGGUUACACUAUCGUACAAAAGUUUGGUGGUGAACUCUUUACUGCAAAACAAGAUUUUUCUCCCUUCAAUGUGGUUGCUUGGCAUGGUAACUAUGCGCCAUAUAAGUAUGAUCUAAGUAAGUUCUGCCCCGUCAAUACCGUUUUGAAAGAUCAUGCUGAUCCGUCUAUAAAUACAGUGCUGACAGCACCAACUGAUAAACCUGGUGUGGCUUUGCUUGAUUUUGUCAUUUUUCCUCCUAGAUGGUUGGUUGCCGAGCAUACCUUCCGACCUCCUUAUUACCACCGCAACUGUAUGAGUGAAUUUAUGGGCCUGAUUUAUGGUGGAUAUGAGGCAAAAGCCGAUGGCUUCCUUCCUGGUGGUGCUAGUCUGCACAGCUGCAUGACUCCCCAUGGUCCUGAUACCAAGACUUUCGAGGCUACCAUUGCUCAUGGGAAGGAUGCAGGACCUUUCAGGAUAACCAAUACCAUGGCUUUCAUGUUUGAGUCAUGUCUAAUGCCUCGUAUCUGCCCAUGGGCUCUUGACACUCCCUCGAUCGAUCAUGAUUAUUACCAGUGUUGGGUCGGACUAAGAUCUCAUUUCUCGCGUGAAGAAGCCAGUGACGAAAGCCAAACAAUCCAGAAUGGGCACUAGGGGAUUGCAUUUUAAGGUUCCUAUGGUUUAAUCUAGUUUUCAGGCAUGGAAAAUGACAUGAAUAAGGCACUGGUGUAUAGCACAAAAAUGCAUGAAUUCUUCUGUGUACAUAAUAAAAUAAAAUGCUUGUUAACAAAUGAAUGAGCAAAGGGUGUUUGGCUGAA